AGGAAUUGAUUUCAGAUGGUGUUUGUUCCCAAUGUCCCUAAGCAGAAUUAGGAUCAAUCUCUAACUCCUAAAAUGACUAAGGUAAUGUAAUUGAGUAACACACAAACUAUAUGGAAAUUAGGAACAACGUGACAGAGUUUGUUCUCCUGGGGCUCACCAGAAACCCAAGCAUGCAGAAAAUCGUAUUUGCUGUAUUUGUCAUCAUCUACAUCAUCUCCAUGGUAGGCAAUGUGCUCAUUGUGGUCACUAUCACUGCCAGUCCAUUGUUGGGAUCACCUAUGUACUUUUUCUUAGCUUAUCUCUCUUUCAUUGAUGCCUGUUAUUCCUCUGUCAACACUCCUAAAUUGAUCAUAGACUCACUCCAUGAACAAAAGACAAUACUAUUCAAUGGAUGUAUGACCCAGGUCUUUGGAGAGCAUUUCUUUGGAGGUGCUGAGGGCAUCCUGCUUACUGUGAUGGCCUAUGACCGCUAUGUGGCAAUCUGCAAGCCCUUACACUACACAACCAUCAUGAGCAGAAGAGUAUGUGGUCUGUUGGUAGGAGUGGUAUGGGUCGGAGGUUUUCUUCAUGCAACCAUACAGAUUCUAUUUAUCUUUAGAUUACCUUUCUGUGGCCCAAAUGUCAUAGAUCACUUUAUGUGUGAUCUGAACCCUUUGCUUAACCUUGCAUGCACUGAUACCCACAUUCUGGGGCUCUUUGUUGCUGCCAAUAGCGGUUUUAUUUGUCUGUUAAACUUCCUCCUUCUGUUGAUCUCCUAUGUGGUCAUUCUACGUUCAUUAAGAAACCACAGUGCAGAGGGGAGGCGCAAAGCCCUCUCCACUUGUGUCUCCCACAUAACAGUUGUUGUCUUGUUUUUUGUGCCCUGCAUUUUUGUGUACAUGAGACCUUCAGCCACUUUGUCUAUUGAUAAAGCAGUUGCUGUGUUCUAUACUAUGAUAACUCCCUUGUUAAAUCCUUUAAUCUACACCUUGAGAAAUGCUCAGAUGAAAGAUGCCAUUAAGAAAUUGUGUAGAUGGAAAGAUGAUGUUAUUUCCAUCAACAAAUAAAUGUUUCUAAAGUUCAACAUUUGAGACAAGUAUCAAAAAAGAAUUAUCAAAAUGACAUUGUAUUUGAAGCCAGAAAGCAUUUUACCCAGGACUUCUACCAAAUUCUAUCAGAUUAGAAAUUAGCUUCAGGAGCUUCAGUCAAUAUGUGUUGAUGGCCUUUUCUUCACACAAAGAAUAAUAAAAUAUAGAGGCAUUGUAGAAUAAUCUCUACAUUUGUUUUGUCUCCAUUUUACAGGUGAGGAGCAAGACCAUAGUCAUCACCCAUUAA